GAUGUCAGGCGAUACUCUGGCCAUCAACAUCCCCGAGUUUUGCCCCGUGUCCUGCAAGAGCCCGGAGUGUGCCUAUCGCUGCGAUCGCAGCUGGCAGGAGGGCGGCGAGGUGUCCAAUCUCCAGCAACAAAGGUGCUGGACUCAGAUUGAAGGUGGCCUGCCUUGUCUAGAUGCCAUCAAGCUGGGCCAGGACUGCCAUUGCAAGUGCGCCAGUGAAUAUGUUCGCAUGGGCUCCAUCCGAGGGCGGAAGCCUGGUGCCCUCUCCAUCAGCGAUCAACUGGAUGGCAAAGACCUAUCCUUGAACCUGGAGGCCAUUGUGGGUAGAACCAUCACCUUGGACUUCACCGGGGAACGGAUGAGAUCAGAAGAGCCGGCCCAUGCGCAAGGCCCAAGGCUGAAGAUCAUCCCGGACGAUCAGAUUUGUAGUACCGCAGCCCUGGCUUUCAACAUCACUGGUCUCUCCUGUGAACAGCCACCUGGGGCUGACGCCCUGGGAGGCUACAUUUGCACCACGCCGCCAACACUGGCGACACCUUUUCUGCAUCGCUGGGGUGGCAUACAGAUGAAUGCUUGUGGGCGCUUCUUGCUGUGUCACUGCAAUGAGCUGUGCGAUAUCAAAUCCAAUUGGGUGCGUGCGGGCUACUUGGAGAUAAAACCGCAGUUGACUUAUGGCAGCAUGUCGGCUCCCCUACCUGGCUGUGCAGCUUAUCUCCCCACGCUGCCACCGAAGCAAGUGGACACAGGGAACGGAGAGAUCCUGCAGAAGAUGCUGAUCACCAGCUACAUCAGCAUCGACGGUGGCCUGAGGCCCCUGCCAGAGACGUUGAUGGCUGUGGCCAAAAGCUUUGCCAGUUAUACCUCGGUCAGGUCGGAGCUGUUGGAUGCCGACGCGCCGAGUGAGGCGGAUGUGGAGGUCACAGACUACGAUCGCGUGGACUUCGGCGAUCGGAGGUUGCAGGCCUGCGUAGAUGAUGAUGCUGCCUUCCAGGCCGAAGCCGCCAAGGCGAGUUUGACAUCUGUGACGAGUUGCUCUGAGGCCCUAACCUUUCUCGGCAGCAAGGAGCAGCUGUGCAACGAUCAAACCUUAGAGAACGCAGCCGGGGGCUCUGGGGGCCCUUGGACGUGGUUGGAAGUGCCCAAUGGUCCGGUGGUUGUAGGGAUGGAGGGGCUGACUUUCGUGAGCCUUCCCCAGGCCAAACAGGCACCUCGCCUGGAAAGCGCUGGACAUGGACAGCUCUACACUCCCAUGCCAGGUGCUGACCAAUCCAACUGGGUUACGAGCGCCACGCUGGCGACGGUGGCAGCUGUCGCCAUUUUCAGGGCGAUGCGACGACGCAACUGGUCCCGUGUCACUUUGGGGCCCAGCGGUGGCUGCUUCUACGACAUGAAGCUGCUUGGCGACAGCUGCCCUUGGCUGAGCCCGUGA